AUGGGCGUCAUCACUCACCCCAACAUCCGCGAUGGAUGGUUCCACGAGACCAACUCGCAAUGGCCCGGUCAGGCCAUGAGCCUCCAGGUGCAGCGCAUCCUCCACCACGAGAAGUCGCUCUUCCAGGAUGUGCUCGUCUUCGAGUCCACCACCUUCGGCAACGUCCUCGUCCUUGACGGCGUUAUCCAGUGCACCGAGCGUGACGAGUUCUCCUACCAGGAGAUGAUUGCCCACCUCCCCAUCGCCUCGCACCCCAACCCCGAGCGCGUUCUCGUAAUCGGCGGCGGUGACGGCGGUGUCCUCCGCGAGGUCGUCAAGCACGACUCGGUCAAGGAGGCCAUUCUCUGCGACAUUGACGAGGCUGUCCCCCGUGUCUCCCAGCAGUACCUUCCCAAGAUGGCCGAGGGUCUCAACCACCCCAAGUCCAAGGUCAUCAUCGGCGACGGCUUCGCUUUCCUCAAGGACCCCAAGAACAAGGCCAGCUUCGACGUCAUCAUCACCGACUCCUCCGACCCGGUCGGCCCCGCAGAGGUGCUCUUCCAGCAGCCCUACUUCGCCCUGCUCAAGGAGGCCCUCAAGCCCGGAGGACACAUCUCCACCCAGGCCGAGUGUGUCUGGAUCCACCUCAACCUCAUCGGCGAGCUCCGCCGCUCCACCAAGGAGCUCUUCCCCGUCGCCGACUACGCCUUCACCACCAUCCCCACCUACCCCUCCGGUCAGAUCGGCUUCGUCGUCUGCUCGCUCGACGCCAACCGCAACGUUCGCGAGCCCCUCCGCCAGGUGCCCGACUGCCGAUACUACAACUCGGAGGUGCACAAGGCUUCCUUUAUCGUCCCCGAGUUCGCUCGCAAGGUCAUUGAGGAGGGUGCUCCCGCCCCUGGCCGUGUGAUCCCCACUGGUGAGGGCAAUGCCAAGGCUCAGCGUGCUCCCAAGAAGAUCCUCCUCCUCGGCUCCGGCUACGUCGCCAAGCCCUUCGCCGAGUACGUCACCCGCUUCCCCGAGUACAGCCUCACCGUCGCCUCGGUCAAGAUCGAGCACUCGCAGCGCCUCAUCGAGGGCCUCCACAACGCCAACGCCACCUCGGUCGACGUCAACGACCCUGCCGCACUCUCGGCGCUGAUCAAGGGCCACGACGUUGUCAUCUCGCUCAUCCCUUACAUCUACCAUGCCUCGGUCAUCAAGGCCGCUUGCGAGCACAAGGUCAACGUAGUCACCACCUCGUACGUCUCGGACGCUAUCCGCGAGCUCGAGCCCGAGAUCAAGAAGGCCGGCAUCACCGUCAUGAACGAGAUCGGUCUCGACCCCGGUCUCGACCACCUCUACGCCGUCAAGGCCAUCGACGACGUGCACGCCGAGGGCGGAAAGAUCAAGUCCUUCCUCUCCUACUGCGGUGGUCUGCCUGCCCCCGAGGCGGCCGACAACCCGCUCGGAUACAAGUUCUCCUGGUCGUCGCGCGGUGUGCUUCUCGCACUCCGAAACACGGCCAAGUUCUGGCAGGACGGCAAGGAGCUCACUGUCUCGGGUCAGGAGCUCAUGGCCGCUGCCCAGAGCUUCUACAUCAACCCUGCCUUCGCCUUUGUCGCCUACCCCAACCGUGACUCGACUCCUUUCAAGCAGUGGUACAACAUCCCCGAGGCCGAGACUGUGAUCCGCGGUACGCUCCGAUACCAGGGCUUCCCCGAGUUCAUCCUCGCCCUCGUCAAGCUCGGCUUCCUCGACGAGGAGGCCAAGGACUUCCUUGCCUACGGUACCAAGGCCUCGUGGGCUGACGUCACCGCCAAGAUGGUCGGUGCCGCCUCCACUGCCGAGACCGACCUGAUCGCUGCCAUCAAGACCAAGGUCUCGUUCAAGUCGGCUCAGGAGGAGGAGACCAUCAUCCGCGGUCUGCGCUGGCUCGACCUCUUCUCCACCAAGGCCCCCGUCACCGUGCGUGGCACCGCCCAGCAGGAGGCCGGCAAGGUGGCCGGCAACCCGCUCGACUCGCUCUGCGCUACCCUCGAGGAGAAGUGCGCCUACGCCCCCGGCGAGCGCGACAUGGUCAUGCUCCAGCACAAGUUCGAGAUCGAGACUGCCAACGGCGAGCACAAGACCCUCACCUCGACGCUGCUCGACUACGGUAUCCCUCACGGAACCUCGUCGAUGGCCAAGCUCGUCGGUGUUCCCUGCGCCAUUGCUACCCGUCUCAUCCUCGAGGGCCACCCGGCCCUCACCAAGACCGGUAUCCUGGCUCCUUACACCAAGGACAUCUGCGACCCCAUCCGUCUCGAGCUCGAGAAGGAGGGCAUUGCCCUCGAGGAGCGCUACGUCUAG